ACUCUCAGUGGGGACGGCCAUUGAGCUACAUGUCCGUCAACUUUACACAUGAAUGGCCCAAAUAUGAUAAUAUGGCCUAUGAAAACAAUUAUCGUCUUUGUUCUCCAUAUUAUCAUUACAGAAGCUGUGUUAACUACACGAACAGCUAGUUUUCCUAUAGGUAAUUAGUAAUGUGACUUUGUUUAACUUUCGGAGAAACUGUUUAUGUUUCUGUAUUUACUUUCAGGUGGUUUGUUCAACAGUAGAACAUCAGAGAGUUCGUAUCAAGCUUUUGAAAGGAUCAGUCGACUCGGUGGUGCAAAAUCUUACCACGGUCGCGCUUUGCAGUCUCAAGUGGUGGACAGCUACUCGACCGCAUUAGACCUAUGUUCUUUCACAUCAGAUGGUAAAGGUAUCGCUGCCCUUAUAGAUUCUCGACCAACAGAGGGUAUUUGUGACACAACUUGUUUGAUUAGCAACAGGUAUAAUGUUGCACACCUUGCUAUAGGAUGGGAGCCAACAGAUACUCUAAAAGAUGAUAUUUUUACGUUUAUGUAUUAUCCACCUCCAGAUUUAAUAUCAAAAGCUUAUGCAACCCUCAUUAAAGAUUUAGAAUGGGAUAAAUUCACUAUAUUGUACGAGGAUGAUGGAAGUUUCAUUCGCUUACAAGAAAUUAUUAACACUUGGCCACAAGAAAAUCCGAGAAUACUAUUCAGGCAACUUGAUCCCGAAGGUGAUAAUAAAGAAAUAUUCAAACACAUUUUCAAAGUGGCACGAAUCAGCUAUCAUAUUUUAGAUUGCGAUGUAAACAACGUACGCAAAUACAUGGAAGAAAUAGUCCAAGUAGAAAAUGCAACGCAAUAUUUGAGUUUUAUACUAACUAAUCUUGAUACAUAUACCAUAAACCUUGAAGAUGUCCCCGAUUUAAUGGCGAAUGUCUCAACCAUGCAUUUAACUACAACAAAUACCGACAGAUGGAGAGAUUUAGGAAUGAAUCCUGACGUAGACACUAUUCAACUGGAAACUGCAUUAGUAGCCGAUGCUUUAACUCACAUAGAAAAAGCAAUGAAGAAGAUGCAAGGACAAGAUGAAAAUGAAAGAAAGUUUACAAUAGUAGAAGAUUUUACUGAACCACCGGGUCUAUGUUUGAAAGAUUCGAAAGCAGAUUAUGAAGAAGCAGCUUGGGCAUUAGGUCAAAAUUUACGAGAGAUUUUAAUAAAUACGACUGCAAGGGGUUUUACAGGAAACAUAGAGUUUGAUGAAGACGGAAGGAGGAAAAAUUUCAUGCUGCAUUAUUCUAAAUUAGGCCAUGAUAGUCAGUUUAUUUAUGUAGGUGAUUGGGAUUCGACCAAGGAUUCUAUUACUAAAGAGAAUACUGUCACCGAUAGGUCAAUGACGUUAAAAUCUAACAAAAUAAGGGUUGCCACAAGAGUCGGUUCUCCUUAUUUUGUUUUCACACAAGAAAAUGACACUAGUCCAUAUCCUUACCGGGGAUACGCGGUUGAUCUAAUAAGUGAAAUUUUCAAAUUAAUAAAUAAGGAAGAGAAAGUGAAUUUAGAGUUUGAGUUUUAUCGUGUUGAUCAUGAUCAGUACGGCAAUCAAAUAGCAGGAACUAAUAAAUGGAAUGGUAUGAUGGGCGAUUUGAUUGAACAUAAAGCCGAUCUGGGGAUAUGUGAUAUAACAAUCACAUCAGAGAGAAAUAGCGUCGUUGAUUUUUCGACUCCUUUUAUGACUUUGGGUAUUAGUAUGUUGUUCAGAGAACCUGAUCCUGAACCACCCGACAUGUUUUCUUUUCUUCUGCCACUUGAUUUGGAUGUUUGGCUUUAUUUGGCGACGACUUACAUAAUAGUAUCAUUUGUUCUUCUUAUAUGCGCUCGAAUGAGUCAAGAUGAUUGGGUCAAUCCACAUCCUUGUAAUCAAAAUCCGGAAAAUUUGCAAAAUAUUUGGAGUUUGUACAAUUGCAUGUGGCUUGCUAUGGGAACAAUUAUGACACAGGGUUGUGACAUAUUGCCGAGGGCAGCUGGCUCACGCUGGGUUGCUGGCAUGUGGUGGUUUUUCGCCCUCAUCGUGACAGCGUCGUACAUGGCUAACAUGUCUACAUUUCUAAGUAACAGUCGUCGCAGCAGUGACAUCAAUGAUGUGAAGGCUCUUUCUCAACAGAAUAAAGUUGCAUAUGGAGCUGUGUAUAACGCUUCUACUUACAGAUUCUUUCAGAAAUCCAAUGAGUCAGUUUACCAAAAAAUUUGGUCAGUCAUGAGUUCGGCUAAACCAACUGUUUUCGUCAAUAACAACGAGGAAGGGAAGGAUAGGGUGCUUCGGAGUAAAGGGAAGUAUGCAUUUUUUAUGGAAUCCACUGCCAUUGAAUAUUACACUCAUCGAAACUGUGAAUUGAAGAUGGUUGGGGGCAAUCUUGAUUCUAAGGAAUAUGGAAUUGCUAUGCCAAAACAUUAUCCAUUUAAGCCCUGGAUAGAUCAUGCAAUAUUAUCAUUACAAGAGUCUGGUAGGUUGACUGAACUGAAAAAGAAAUGGUGGGAAGACGAAGACAAUACAGAGCAUUGUCAGCCUGAUGACCAGGGAGAUGAAGAAGAUAACGGUUCCCUGCAAAUGAAGAACACGAGUGGUAUUUUCCUUGUAUUGGGUAUCGGUGGGAUUUUGGGACUUUUGGUGGCCAUACUGGACUUUUUACUGCAUGCAAGACAAAUUAGUGUUAAAGAAAGGAUUACUUUCAAAGAGGCGUUACUAAGUGAAUGGCACGCAUCACUCGAUCCACGCGUGUUGCAUAAACCUGUUGCACCACCACGGUCAAUUUCUUCUUCAUCCGGCACACCGUCGUUACCGGACCGUGAACGGUCCCGGUCAAGAGCUGCAUCUGUGCUUCGCGCUGCAUCUUCAUUUAUAAAUUUUGAUGAGAUAUAUUAAAUCGUGAUAAAAUGUAAUAUGUGUUUGGUCAUAGAAUGUUUUUUUUUGGUAAUGAAUUUUAUGUAUCGUAUGGUAUGAAUUGUUUAAUGUAUUUUUAUUGUUUUAUCUAUCUUAUUACUAGAAUAAACCUUCGGGGUUUUAGGGUUUCGUAUUCAAAGGGUAAAACGGGAAUCCUAUUACUAAGACUUCGCUAUCUGUCUAUCACCAGGCUGUAUCUCAUGAAUCUUGAAAGUUAAAAAUUGUAAAAAAAUAAUAUAUUUCCUGUAC